ACUCGCGAUAAGUAUUUAUCCUUCUUGGGUUUCAAUUUACAACUUCUUUGCAAAAUAUUCUUCUUCGAGUGGAGAUUACUUUUCGUGAAUUUAGAGGGAAAAUAUGGCUGGUUCAGAGGAGGCACAAGUGAUCGCGUGCCACACCGUCGAUGGGUUUAACGAGCAGCUCCAGAAGGGCAAUGACUCCAAGAAAUUGGUGGUGGUGGAUUUCACCGCUUCAUGGUGUGGACCGUGCCGUUUCAUUGCCCCAAUUUUUGCAGAGAUGGCUAGGAAUAUGCCUCAUAUCAUUUUCCUGAAGGUGGAUGUUGAUGAAUUGGAGUCUGUUGCUAAGGACUGGGCCGUCGAGGCGAUGCCAACUUUUAUUUUCAUAAAAGAAGGCAAGUUGGUGGACAGGGUUGUGGGUGCGCAGAAAGAAGCAUUGCAGAUUGCUGUGGCAAAGCACAACACUCCAGUUGCUGUUACUGCUACUGCUUAAGUGUUUAUGUUCGACCGUACUAGGACAUGAAUAAAGGUUGCACCGUCUGUGACUUGUGUUAAUGAACCAUAUCUAAGUUUGAAUGCUUGUGUAUGAACUAUGAAGCUAGUUGUAUUCUACUCCAUCUGGAUUUAGAUUUAUGGAACCUCUCUGUUUCUAUC